AGGGUUUUUUCCUCACCACUCCUUGCCGAAACCGAGCAUCAGAGAGAGAGAGAGAGAGAGAGAGAGCAGAGAGAAACAAUGGUGAAGUUUCUGAAGCCAAACAAGGCGGUGAUCAACCUCCAGGGCCGCUACGCCGGGCGUAAGGCCGUCAUCGUGCGCGCCUUCGACGAGGGCACCCGCGAUCGUCCCUACGGCCACUGUUUGGUUGCGGGGAUCAAGAAGUACCCCAGCAAGGUCAUCCGCAAGGAUUCCGCCAAGAAGACGGCCAAGAAAUCCAGAGUGAAGGCCUUCGUCAAGCUUGUGAACUACCAGCACCUGAUGCCCACCCGGUACACGCUGGAUGUGGAUCUCAAGGACGUCGUCAACGUCGAGUCUUUGCAGACCAAGGACAAGAAGGUCACUGCAUUGAAGGAGGUGAAGAAGCGGUUCGAGGAGCGGUUCAAGACCGGGAAAAACAGGUGGUUCUUCACCAAGCUCAGGUUCUGAGAAAGGAGAUUCAACAGCGCCGUAUCGGAAAUGGGGUCUGAUUUGCCUACUGUGUUUUUUUUUUCAAGUUAAAAGUUUUAAUUUUUGGAAUUAAAUGGAUGUGACCUCUUCAUGGAUUUAUGGAUUAACGUUUAGCUAAACACUUAAAUUUUGCUGUUAUUGAGAUAUUUAAUUUGGUGGCA